AUGGCGGCCAGGAGAGAAGAUGGAGACUCUGGCCAUUCGGAGAGGGCUGGCGUCCCUCCGUUUCGAGGAGUACCAAAAACCGCCCUGCCGCAGGGAUGCUUCGGCAGCUUCUAUAAAAAGAACACGAUUGCGCCCGGCUGCAUUUCUCAGGGUGUUUCUCCGCCCCAUCACCAGGGAAGAGGAAUGUUUGCAAACACGGCCGGGGAGAGGUUGUCUCCCCCCUGGCACUCUGGCAUCCUUCUGGGAGCAAACAGAUUCGGCGUGGCGGCCUGGACUGCUAUGGGGUGGCGAGAGCCGCUCUGUAGCUUUGCUAUUUGGUUUCCUGUCGUGUUCCUGCUGCUGGACGGGUCAGCUCAGGGGCACAGAGGCCCGGGCGGGCCAUCGGACGGCCAUCGUUUGAGAGCCGGGGGCAACAGGCACGCUCGGAGCUACCACCACCUCGAGGGCGAUGUGCGCUGGAGGCGACUCUAUUCGUCGACCCAUUUCUUCCUGCACAUUGACCCCAACGGCAAAGUUGAAGGGACCCGCUGGAAGAAGUGCCCGUAUAGUAUUGUGGAGAUCCGCUCGGUGCACGUGGGUGUCGUCGUGAUCCGAGCUGUUCACAGCGACUUCUACUUGGCCAUGAACAGAAAAGGGAGAAUCUACGGCACGAAAGUGUACAACCCCAACUGCAAGUUCAAAGAGCGCAUCGAAGAGAACGGCUUCAACACGUACGCCUCGCUGCACUGGCAGCACCAGGGCAGGCAAAUGUUCCUCUCGCUCAACGGCAAAGGCGUCCCGCGGCUGGGCACGAAGACCUAUCGGCAGCACCCGUCCACCCACUUCCUACCCAUGCUCAUCGCGUGAUGCAAUUUGCUUUUCCCGCGUCGCACUAUUUUAUUACAUGCGUAUUUAAUUUUUUUUCUAUUUAUUAUUUUUGUAAUAUAAAAAAAAGUGAAGGACCAA